AUGGAAUCUCAAGGGCCUCUAGUUACGGCGGUUGCGAUUGUUUUCGGUGUCAUCACGGCUAUUGCUAUCUCGUUACGGUUAUGGGCGAGGUUAUUUCUGGUGAAGCGUAUGGGGGCUGAUGACAUCCUCGUCGUCAUUGCAGUGCUGCUGUCUUGGAGUUUCAUGGUUGUCACCAUCGUGGCCGUCCAACAUGGUCUCGGAAGCCACUUCCCCGACGUUAUGGCCCGCGGCAUAGAAAAUCUGAACACAUACCUGCAAGCCGUGUGGCUGUCGUCCAUCUUCUACAACGCCACGCUCGGCUUCAUAAAGAUCUCGGUGCUGGCGCUGUACAUGCGCCUGGGCGACCGGCUGCUCCGGCGCCUGGCCAUCGCCAUGAUCGGCGUCGUGGCCUGCCAGGCCGGCGGCAACGUCUUCGCCUGCAUCUUCCAGUGCUCGCCCAUCAGCGGCGCCUACGACCAGACCCUCGUGCCCAAGCCCAAGUGCAUUAACAUCAACGCCUUCUACCUGGCCAACGCCGCCGUCAACAUCUUCACUGAUAUCCUGACGUACACGCUGCCCAUCAAGUUGAUCAUCAACCUGCAGGUGCCGAGGAGGCAGAAGAUCGGAUUGGCUGUCAUUCUGUGUCUAGGUCUCUUCGAAUUAAUCACCUUUCGUCAACACAGUGCCUGUAUCUCGUCCAUCAUCCGCAUCACCUUUAUCCCGGCCAUGCUAGUGUCCGAAGACGCAACGUAUGUCAUCUCGCCGGCCAUGUACUGGUCGGUGAUCGAGAUCAACAUCGGCAUCCUGGCGGCGUCGAUCCCAUCCUUCAAGCCCAUCGCCUCGCGGUACGCGCCGCGCCUGCUGGGCUCGUCGUACAACAAGUCCAAGACGGGGACGACGGGGUUCCAGAAGUCGGGCGCGGGCCGGAACCGCAACAAGUCCGGGACGAUGGAGCUGGCCAGCAUGGAGCGCAACGACCGCUUCGGGCUGCAGAGCACCACCGAGAUCAAGAGGGGCCACACCGUCACCGGCAAGGGGCUGGAUGACAACUCGAGCGAGGAGGUGCUGUACAUCCCUCCCCAAGGACAGAUCGGCGUCAAGACAGACAUUGAGACGAGGUACGACCAGCGGAUCUGA